GGAGCCGUCGACGGAGCCGACUAGGGAUACUCUCGCCGGAGCCGCAGGGGAACGGAGAACGAACCCACCUUCGACAAGCAAUUGGAGCCCGGCGCUUGAUGACGCCCACGAUGCCAGAAGUCGCACCGCCGGGCGCGUCUGGGUCUGAGUCCCCGUUGAUGGUAGCGGCUGUACUACCACGAUGGAUAGUACGGUCAGGGACAUCCGUGGUCCCCAGGAUGGCGGGCAUCGCUCCAGGAAUGGCCAUCGCGGCGACGGCGUCCAUAGUGUGCCUCUGGGGCAGCGGCGGCGGCAGCGCGUCCCGGCAGGCGUCGAGUCCAGUAGCGGCAACAGAAGAAGAGUUUCGCUGGGGACCGCGACGGUGGCCGUGGCCUGGCCGUGAUGGUGUGACGGCGACUUCCCAGGUGGAGCGUGGGAACUGUUGUACAACCUGGACAGGAACCGCAGGAAUUAAACUCGACUCUAGUCUCUGGAUCAAGGCGAUGGAUGGGUGGCUUUUGGACCCCCAGCAGCUGCAAAGCGGGAACGCGGGAAGCCAGCUUGGACGCCAGUUCCCUGCGGGUCAGACCCGGACCACCAGACCAACAAGCCAACAACCCAGGCGGAUCAGCUAGAUCAGCCAGCCAGGUCGGCCAGAUUAGCCAGGCCGGCCAGCCCAAGCAGCUAGACGAACCAGCCCAGUAGGCGGCAGAGCCAGCCUGGGCGGCAGAUGGUGAGGGAUGACAGGGACGGCCAGAUAGGGUGAUGUGCAACCUGCAAGGUCGCGCGAUUGCCUGCCGGAGUCCAGGAAAAUAAAAUCAAUAUGCCCACGAUGACCAGCAGCGGGCGGCAGCUCUAGGUUGUCACGGGUUCCGGGGUUUCGAGACCCGCGUCCGAGCCGGAUAAGCUGAGCCCUGAUCUGUUGUGCAAGACCGAGUAAGUGAGGGAGUGAAGGAGGAGAGACAAGCAAGGCGCGAGGUCACACCUGGAAGCCGCCUCAGAGCCACCUCAGGCCAG